AGAAGAUAUGAUGUGUCCUAUUCGUCUUGGCAUUGUAAAUUUCAUUGAAUUUUUAAAAUCAUCUGAAAAUAAUGCAAAAAUUAAAAAAUUACGGGAACGUGGAGGGAGGCACAAGUAUGAUAAUAGCAUAGAUGGAACGAAUGGAAGCGACUUAAAUGUAUACGCCAAUGUUCAAUUUUCUGAAAUAAGAGUUGAUAAAAGGCGUGGCUUUUCUUGCAGAAUGGAAUUUACCCAACCCCCAAUGCGACGCUAUUCCGAAAAUAAGCAAAGUCGAGUGCAGUAUCGGACCAAAAGUAGAAAACUCAUGAAUGGAAGUUUGGUUUGUCUGCUUUGGCCAUCCAAAAAUGAGUCAUCCGACAAUGACCCUCAAUUUUCUUUAUUCUUUGGAACCGUGUCACUUCGUGACGAAAAUUUGUUAGCGCUAAAGCAACAUACAGCAGUGAUUGAUAUCAGUUUUAUUAAAACAUCAAUUUAUAUGAUUGCUUUGAAAGAAAUAAUGAAAAAAAAUUCAAAUAACCCGACAAAAGGAUGUUUUAUGGUCGAAUCUACUGGAGUGUAUUUUGAAUCAUAUUUCCAUAUUUUAAAAACUCUACAACAAACUUCAUCUUCGAAUCUUCCUUUUGAAAAAUAUUUGGCACCACAAGUAAUCGAAAAUUCUUCGUAUGCUUUCGUUGAUCCACCUACAUACGCUCGAGCACCUGGAUUCGAAUUUGAUUUGUCUGUGAUUCUUGAAGAUAAAACUAAACAACUUAUACUAAACGUUGUUGACACAUCUUCUCAUAAAGCUGUUAUUCAAAAUCUUAAAGAAUUAAGUAGACUUGACGAAAGUCAAGCGCAAUCUCUUGUAUAUUCUUUAUGCCGAGAAAUUGCAUUGAUUGAAGGACCUCCUGGAACUGGGAAAACUUUCGUUGGUGUCGAAUUAAUGAGAGUGCUGUUAGCGAAUCGGAAAACUACAAAUAUAGGACCAAUAUUAACAAUUUGUUUUACUAACCACGCGUUAGAUCAGUUCCUUGAGAAUUUAUUGAAGGUUGGAAUCCAGAAUAUUGUACGGUUGGGUAGCCGAUCAAAAUCCGAUAUUAUUAGAGGUUUUAACCUAGAAGAGAUAUGUCGGAAUCGUGCUCGUUCUAAACAUCAAGGGUGGUUGUUGGCUCAAGGAUAUAAGGAACUUGAAGAAAUUCAAAAAGAGGCAGAAAGGCUACAAAAUAAUUUAACUAAUGGAGUGUUAGACUGGAAUGAAGUUACUUUAUAUUUGAAAGUGGAAUACCCAGAUCAUUUUAAAAGCUUCCAGAAUCCAGAUAUACCAGAUUUUUUAUUUGAAAACACACGAUCAAUAUUUCGUCAAUGGGUUGAUGGAAAUGACUUGCAUCUUGCACAGAUACCUACAAGCGAUCGAUCUUUAGAAGAGCUCAAACUUGAUCCCAAAGUUUGGCAAAUGUCUAAUGCCGAAAGAGCAACUUUGUACUCAUUUUGGAAAGAGGAAAUUCAGUCUGAGUCUUUUGAUGAGCUUGAUAAAAUUCAAGAGCAAUUUGGAGAGAAAACAAAGGAAGUUGAAGAAAUUUACAAUGAAGGUCGUCGUCAGAUUCUUCGAGAUUGUGAUGUAAUUGGAAUGACAACCAAUGGUGCAGCCAAAUUUCAAAAUUUAAUUCGCUCUAUUGGACCACGUAUAAUUAUUUGUGAAGAAGCGGGUGAGGUCUUAGAGGCACAUAUUUUGAGUGCACUAACUCCAGCUACUCAACAAUUGAUCCUUAUCGAGAAAUCGCAAUUACACACGCAAAGACGAAUGAGAAAAGAAGUUUCUGAUUUAAUUCGGUUCACACUCUAUAAUAAACUUAUUGAUGAUGAAAAAACUGUUAGUUACCCAGACGUACGCGGUGCUCAGAGAAAUGUUUAUUUUAUGGAUCAUCGUCAUCCUGAAGAUUCAGGAGAAAAUGAUUUUGUAUUAAAUUCACAUUCAAAUACAUUUGAGGUUGAAAUGGUAGUUGAGCUUGUUAAGUACUUUGUACGUAAUGGUUACAAUAAACCAAGUCAAAUUGCUGUGUUAACACCAUACCUCGGGCAACUUAUUAAAAUAAGGGACGCUUUGCAAAAAUCAUUUGUUGUUGUAAUCGACGAACGUGAUGAUCAAAUGAUUACUAAUAUGGAAGAAGGAAUGGACGCUGAAAAUGAAAAUACAGAUGGGGGGUCAACGACUUUCACUACUGCUUCUGAAAAGAAAUUGUCUCAACAAGUUAUUCUUCGUACAGUUGAUAAUUUUCAAGGAGAAGAAGCUGAUAUAGUGAUUGUAUCACUUGUCCGUAAUUGCCAAAAUUUGGAUCGUGGGAAUAUUGGAUUUUUGAAGUCAAGAAAUCGUUCUAACGUUCUCUUAUCUCGUGCAAAACAUGGAAUGUAUCUUCUGGGGAAUGCAGAAUUAAUGGAAAAGUAUUCAGAUUUUUGGAAAAGAGUUUUGCUAAUUUUACACGAACGUGGUCAAAUCGGUCCAGGCUUUCCGAUUGUAUGUGCACAACAUCCGGAUUAUAAGAACACCAUAUAUGAAGCCGUACAAUUCAGUGAAAUUUCCCCUGAUGGUGGUUGCUUCGAGCCAUGCCAGCAACAAUUAAAAUGCGGGCAUACAUGUCCAUAUAAAUGUCAUUCGGAUGACCCACAGCAUGUUGGCGUUUUUUGUAGAAAAGAUUGUAUGAGAUUGCACUCCGAUUGCCAACAUCCUUGCUUAAAUAAAAUGUGCGGAGAGGAUUGUGGCAAAUGUUUAUUCCCGGUUGAAAACAUUGAAUUGCCAUGUGGACACGAAUAUAAAAAUGCUAAGUGUAACGAUAAGAAAAAUAAAGAUAGGCUCCGUUGUCACGAAAAAGUGCGAAGGAAAUUGCCUAAAUGUGAACAUGAGCAUUUAAUGGAGUGCUUUGAGUCAGUUGAUGAUUUUGAAUGCACAGAAAAAUGUAAAAAACAUCUUCCUUGUGGGCAUUCCUGCAUGUCCAGAUGCUUCGAAUGCCAGAAGUUUUCUAAGAAAGCAAAUCCAAAUGAUCUUUUGGACGGUGAUGGACGAAUUGUUAGAUCACAUCAUGGAAAAUGCUUACAGAAAUGUGGAAGGACCUUAUUUUGUGGCCAUAUAUGCAAAGAAGGAUGUCAUGAAGGUCGACCGUGCAAACCUUGUAAAAAUUUCUGUGAUGUUUCUUGCAUACAUUCGAAAUGUAAACAAGUCUGUUCUGAACCUUGCUCCGUAUGUGCUGAAGCAUGUGAAUGGCAAUGUGAACACGAGGGUGCUUGUAAUUUACCAUGUGGUGUACCUUGCAUCCGACUUCCAUGCGAUUUGCGAUGUGAAAAAUUAUUAAAGUGUGGGCAUCAAUGUUUCGGUCUUUGCGGCGAAAUAUGCCCCCCACAAAAGUAUUGUGCAGAUUGCACUACAGAUGUUAACGUCAAAAAUCAAGUUGUCGAUUUGAUUAUGCAAGAAACAUUUGCGGAAGUUGAUUGGACUCUUGAAAGAAUGGUUGUUUUACAUUGCGGUCAUGUAUACACAGCAGAAAGCCUUGAUAAUUGGAUGGAUAUGAAAGAAUAUUAUGAAAUGGACAGCGACAACAAUUGGAUCCAAGUCAAGUCAAUUACUUCGCAUCUAGGAGAGUCUAAAAAAUGUCCACAAUGCCGCGCUCCCAUUAAGAAUGUUUAUCGUUACGGAAGAGCAACAAAGAAACAUGUCUUGGAUGUACAAAACAAAAAAUUUUUGAUAAAAUGUGAUAUCCAAUUGAAGGAACACACUAAAAAAACAACGACUGCUACAGCUCAAUUAGAAAGUAUGCGAAAGAGAUUGUUGGAGGAAAUUAAAUUACCUCCAAAAAUGCAAAAAAACAAAGAAAUGAACAUUAUGGAAAGAGAAUCUAAAUUUAAAGCAAUUCCAGAAGUUAUACCAACCGAGCAAUACACAUCGCUUGAAAAAUAUUAUCAUAUUCCAACGACGCAUGAAGAAAGAUGGGAAAAACAUAUAUCAAUACUUUUAGCUAUAUAUCGAAAACUGAUGAGACUAAUGUUGGCGACUAAGACUCCACCAUAUAAACUUGCAUAUGAGGCUGCUGUGUCUCGACUGUAUGAAUCUAAAACCAAAAUUAAUAUGGAUGACCUCGUCAGCAAUUUUGAAUCCUUGAAUAUUUCAAAUUAUGACUCUCCCGCUCGUCAACGUGAUAAAUUCCAGGAAACUUUGGCUGAAGUUGGGAUAAUUGCUCCUAAAGUGGAUGUCCGCAUGUUUCUUGAUGCAUUUUUUUGCAUAGUUAACAUCCAAAAGGCAAUCUUUCACGAAGUUUCUAGGAUUAUUCCAGAGUUGCCAAGAGAAACCAAUGUUGAAAUAAAUUCAAUAACUCAGCGCAUUUCUUAUAAUAAAAAUUGGAUUAAAUUUGGUGGUCAUGUUAUCGAAACCGUUAGAAAACACCUUGAUUCAAUAAUUACUAUAGCUAAAGAGAACCAAUAUCGUCGUCAUCUUGUUCUGGCAUCGUUGGAGUUGGCAGAGUUUGAAGUUAAAGCUGAGAGAUUUAAACUCAGGUAUCCCCCUACAGGCAUCGUAAACCCUAUAAUUCAAGAGUCUGUCAAGAAUAAAUGUGCUGAAAUUGAGAAAAUAUGUAUACAUAUUUGUGAUGAAGUUCUUCCUAAAAUGAAUGUUGAACAUUUUGAAAAAGAAUGCAAAUCAAGAGUCGAUAAAAUUCUUUUGGAAGUUGUGGAUCUUCAUUCUGCUGCUAUGAAAGAUAGACCUUUAACGUAUGAAGAAAAGCUGAACAUACAUAAAACAAUGAGUACUGAAUUUCAGGGAUCAGGGCAUUGGUAUGAAUGUCCGAAUGGUCAUCCUUAUACGAUUGGAGAUUGCGGAAAUGCCAACCAAACGAGCAGUUGUCCGGAUUGUGGUGAAGCAAUCGGCGGAGAAGGUAUGCUCGCUGCUCGAAAUAGACGAAACAUGGAAUUUGAACGUAUGCAGGCCUGA